AUGCUAGACUUUCCACCUCGGAAUGCGAACGUCAGCGAAAUGAACGAGACUUUGAAAAGUUUCCGUAACUUUCUGGGCAAACCUGGAGAACUGAGUUUUGACCGCGCGAUCUUUGUUAAAUUCCUCAACCACCUUAUGGACAAUGAGCUGUCGAUGGGCCUGAUUGGACAGGUUUGGCACUACACUUUGAGAGACGAGAAUGUUCGGCGAAAAUGCAAAUUUACCGAUCACACGAGAGAGCAUUUACGAAAAGUCGCGCAAAGAUGCUUGAGAAAGAGGGACAAAAACAGCAAGAAGAUGCUGUUUAUGCUGAAGGAAAAGACUUCUUGCGAGGCAUUUGGAAAAGAGUUCAUGGUGAUAAAUGUCAAAGCGUACAUUCGGGAGGCCAAUGCGAAGGAGAAUAUGGAGGAGCUUUGCGAAUAUGUGAAAGACCUGAAAACCGCAGUCUAUGUAGAAACUCUUGAGCAAUUUAUCGAUUCGCCAGCGACUCACCUUUUUCUUCAAUCUGCUCGAACGCCAAAGCUGGAAACGCUGCUAGAAAAGUUUGAGAAGAUUUCACUCGACUUUCUCGACAGCGACAAAAAUGUCUUUCGAGCGAUUGCACAUUUGGUGGCGAAAGAAUUGUCCAUCGGCGAGAAAAAGGAGUCUGCAUUUGAGCUUGUCCAGAAGUACUUCAUUGCGACAGAUCGAAAAUCAACACUCUAUCUUCUCACGCUCGCUCUAAGAAUCGCACUGAACGAAAACAGCAUCGUCAAGCUUCUUCUAUCCGCGAACAAAGUCGUUUCCUCGGACACAAGAAAAGCGAACAUGGCUCCAUUCUGCAUCGUGCUAGAAAACGUCCUCUCCAAAGAAGCCUUGGAAUUCAUCAUUGAAAAAGCAGAGGGCCGAUUUUGGCGAAAACAUUUCAAGUCUUCCGACAAUUCUGACUUUCAAGGAUUCAUUUCCAUGGCCAGUUCUCUUACCGUUUCGGAAGAGUUGAAAUUCAGUGGUGACAGUGACGUCUUACUGAAAAAUAUCAAGAGAUACAGUAACAUGCACAUUUGGCAUCGAGUAUUUCUGAUGACUGUAGCAAAAUUGGAUGUGGAAAUCGCAUCGCCUAUUCGAAGAGUUGAAGACACAGAGCGUUUCCUCAGAGACGCACAACGAGAAUGGACACUGCCAAUCCUUCCGAGCAGCACUCAAACUCUUCACUCUCAGCCUCUUCCAACAACAAGUUCGAAUUUGAAGAAGCUCACUGACCGUCAACCCUCGCCUGCCCUUCCUCCAUGCCAUCUCUCUCGUCCAUUCCGGCAAGCGAUGUGUCAGAUUGAAGGAUACCUCAGGAACACUGCCCACAAAGAGAACAAAGAAGAUAUGCUCAGAAAACUCAAGGAGCUCAUCGCAAAGUUCGAAGACACCUCGACGCCAUCCAGGCCUCGUCGCUCCAAAAAGCAAAAGGUCGCCCCUUCUUCUCUUCAAAAAGAAGCAUCUGAGGAACGUCUUCCCUCGCCUAUUCCAAAGCCAGAAGAAUUGAUAGUAAAGGAGCUCAAGAGCGAUGACUUUGACGAUGAUUUCUUCGACGAUGAUGACUUUGACACUUCGAUUUUUGAAACGACAAUUGAGAAAGUGAGCACGCAGAUAAAUUCAUCAUCUUUUAUCGACCCAUGGGUCACUCCUCCUUCAUCACAAGAGCCAGAAGAAGUUAACAAGCGCGAUUUUCCACUUCUUCCAGCUCAGAUGGAUCAGUUUAUGAAGAUCAAAGGCUUGAAGAGUCUGUAUAAAUGGCAAGAUGAUUGUUUGAGGAUAAAAAAAGUGAUAAAGGGAGCGAAUCUUAUAUUUUCUUUACCAACUUCUGCCGGUAAAUCUUUGGUGGCAGAGGUGUAUCUUUUGCGACAUUUGUUGGAAGGAAAGAAUGGACUGCUUGUUUUGCCCUUUGUUUCAAUCGUUCAGGAAAAAGUUGCGAUGCUGAGUGCUUUGGCAACUGAAACAGGCCAAAAGUUCGUUGUGGAAGAAUACGCUGCUGGAAAUGGACGAAUCCCGCCGAUCAAGCGGCGUCAAACGCCCGCUUUAUUCAUCGCAACGAUCGAGAAAGCUUCACAAAUCAUCAACUGCGCGAUCAACGGAGAGGGCCCAUGGAUAUCCUGCUGCGUUGUUGACGAAUUACAUAUGAUUGGCGAGGGAAUUCGGGGGCUCGACUAG